UGGAGGUGUCUUUCAUCUGUCAUGGCUGUUAUUGUUUUGAUUAGAUUACCGAAUAAAUAAGUGUAUUUGUGAUAAUACUCUUUCAGUAUUAAUAACAAAACCUGAGAAUGUAUUGCCAUCUCUGUCACACGGAGAUGUCACCGUCUCACAACGGUAGCUCGGGACACCGGGCUGCACGGGAGCUUGUUGCUGCAGCUUUGGACAGACUGAGUAAUCAUCUUGCUGCUGCGGACUCAACUGAAGUUUCUAAAGCAUAUUCCGAGGUGGAGACAGACAAGACUGCGAAGACUCCGGAAGCUGUCAGCUUCUGUGACACUUGUAACGUUGUGUAUGCUAUCAAUGAACAAACAUCCCACUACAGACAGAAGAAGCAUGCCUUGGCAGUGCUCAAUGAGCAGGCGUUUGAAGAGCUUGUACAAGCAUAUAUCGGCGAGGAACCGAAAUCGGAGACACCGAGCGAAGCGACCGACGAUGUGGCAUUUGUUGACGAGAGUGAAGCUGUCAAAACAUACACCUGUCACCUAUGCGCGCUCGAAGUCCCUCGCGUGUUUCGCGCCGAGCACGAGCGCGGCUCGCGGCACCGCGCGAGCCGAACAUUCGCGCUCGCCGCCGCUCGCCGCGCUCGCGACACGUUCGCGAACGCAGAUAGAUGUGAUGGAAAUAAGUUUAGCGGCAAAAUGAUGAGGAAGCUGCUAAAAGCGUAUACUGGGGUAGUUGAAAGUACUGAAAACAUAGAAGAACCGGAGCUAACCGUCCCAGAACCGGACUCAACAAAAACCGAACCAAAACUGACACCCAAACAAUACUUCACAGACAUCCUACCUAACCUGCCUUACGUUGGCACCUUUAACACCCUAUACAUGGACAAUACUGAAUUUGUAACCAUAAAAAUUGGUACGGAAACCCUAAAGAUACAUGUGAACAAUUUAAAUGGGUUAUAUAAUAUAGAUGGGAAGGAAGAAUAUUAUAUGAAUUGUAGACUUUGUGAUGGGUUCUCGACGUCGACGGUGUAUUAUCCUUCGAUGGGACAGCAGGAUAAACUGCAUGUAAUGUCCUUGGGACAUGUGAGGAAUGUGUUGUCGCCUGUAGACAAUGUGCAUUUGAUAAGGAAGGUUGACGAUACGCAUUCCAUAUGCCACCUCUGCAACCUACACAUAUCUCCGUUCGCAGUCGAAAACCACAUAUUAAAGGAUGUCAGACACACCGCAGCUCUAUCCGAAGCUUUAGAACGGGGGAAAGACUUCAUAGAAACCAGCGAUCACUUGAAAAUCAUGAUCUACAUGCCACAAGCAGCGAAGCCAAGUAUUUUCAAAAAUAAUCAGAAUAGAUGGCACUUUGGUAUACCUCAACAACCGAAAAAUACGCUUUUUGGUGCCCAAAACAGUUUUGGGGCGAAUGCUCAAACUUUUGGAAAUGUACAGAACGCUGGUGCGCCUAAUUCUGGUUUUGGAACACCUGCUUGGAAUUCUGUUGGUCAAAAUACUGGUUUUGGCAGUGUCGGUGGUCAAAAUUCUAGUUUUGGCAGUAAUAGUGCUCAAACUACAGGCUAUAGAAGUGCUUUUGGGAGUGCUAGUGUCCAGAACGCUGGUUUUGCCAAUUCUACUGCUCAAAAUACAGGUUUUGGCAGUUCUACUGUUCAAAACUCAAGUUUUGGUAGUGCUCAGCCAAAUAAUUUUGGUUCCAAUGUGCAGAGUAAAAAUAGUCUUUUUGGCACUACUCAGAACACAGGUACUUUUGGCAACGCUCAAAACUCUCCUAGCUUUGGCGCAGCACAAAAUAAAACUACUGGUUUUGGCGGAGCACAAAAUAGCACAAAUUUUGGCACAACACAUAAUGUUAGUUUUGGCGUAGCUCAGAAUAAAAGUACUAGUUUUGGCGGUGCACAAAAUGACGGUACCAGUUUUGGCGUUGCGAAUAACGCUACAGGUUUUGGCGUAACACAGAAUAAAGGUACCGUUUUUGGCGCAGCACAGAAAAUUACUUCAAAUAACGGCACAGUUGGCGUAGCUCAAAAUAGCUCUACCGGUUUUGGCAUAGCACCGAAUAAAAGUACUAGUUUUGGCGCUCCUAAUAAUUCUCCAAGUUUAGGCGUUCAAAAUAAUGCUACUAAUCUCAACGCGGUUCCGAUAAAAGCUGUAGGCAUUGGCGCAACACAGACUAACGCUACUAGUGUUGGCGUAGCACAAAAUAAACCUACUAGCUUUGGCGCACAAAAUAAUACUAAUCCUGGCGCAAACCAGAAAGGUACCGGUAUUGGCGCAUCGCAUAUCGCUUCUGAUUUUGGCGCAGUGCAAAAGGCUAUUGGUUCUAUUUUCGACAACGCACAGACUUCGUCGAAUAUUCAAAAAGAAGAACCAGAGAAAGUCGUUGAUAAUAAACAGUCAAAGAAUUUCACUUUUAAUACGUCACAAACUAUUGACACUACUGGUUUUAAAUUUGUCCAAAGUCAAUCUGACAACAAAACACAAGAUAUACAAACUAAAGAUAAAAAUCAGACAAAAACAUACGGUUACGAUAAAACACAGAGAGCUAAACGCUCUCCUCCGAGAAGAAUAAAUUAUUCUUCAUCAUCGUCAGAUUCGGACUAAGAUAAUAGUCCAUAAUUGUUUUCCAUCGUAUUUUCUCGGAAACGUUCGUAUUUGUCAUGCUACUUCAGUCAACCUCAGUACUUUUUGUACCAAGACUGACAAGACGCGUUCGUACGUUUCCGUGAAAAUACGAUGGCAAAUAAUUAUGGCAUGGCAAUAAAAAUGCCAUAACAAUCCCGUGUGGUCACAGUACAUAUGAGGUCAGAGCCUGCUGUUUGGCGUUUUGUCCCAAGCGUACUUAACUCAAUAAAUAUAAGAUGGUUUUUUCCA